AUGCCUGAAAUCAUAAUCGUUAGAGAAAGCAUUCCUAAAAUCAAAAAUUUUUUGGAGCGGGAAAGGAUUAAUUACGAAAUUUCUCACGAACCCAAAAUUUUACCGAAUGAAAAAUUACUGGAAUACUUAGAAACCAAGAGUAAAGAAAACAUUUUCGCUGAUUAUGACGAAGCCCUGAAAGAUAAAGAACUUGAAGCCGAAAAAAGGUUAUUAGAGGAAAUGGACGACGAGGACCGCAAAGAAACCGAAGGCACCGAAAUAAUGAAAACGCGGUUAGGCGUUAUUUUUUCUACUAAUGAACUAAACCGACGAAAUAGGCGUUUUAUUAUUAUUCCCCUCACUAGUAAAAAAGCAGAUCGCAUUUAUGACUACGAAGUUUCUACAUUAAUCGAAAAAGUUAGAGGAAAAGCCCUAAUCGACCAGAUAAAAACCAUUAAUCAAAGCCGUUUAUUAAAAAAAUGUGAUGAGUUAAAUCCGAAAGAAAUGGACGCCAUUCACGAAAAAUUAUUAAGCCUUUUUGAUAGUUGA